GCGCGAUGGGAGAUGCACUGAAUGAAAUGUUAUAAGGGAUAUUCAACGUCAAAACAUUUAUAUUUUUUGUGCUAUUAGUUUAUCAGGAUGUCGGCGUCUGCUAUAUUCAUCCUGGACCUUAAAGGAAAGGUGUUGAUCAGUCGUAACUACAUGGGAAACAUGGACAUGAAUGAGGUCGACCACUUCAUGCCCAUUAUGAUGAGGAUGGAGGAGGAUGCAGACUCCUCGCCCCUGGUGACACACGGCUCCGCCCACUUCCUGUGGAUCAAACACAGAAACCUCUACCUGGUGGCAAUGACCAAGAAGAAUGCCAAUGCAGCCCUGGUCUACUCCUUCCUCUACAAAAUGGUGGAGGUGUUUAAGGAGUACUUUAAGGAGCUGGAGGAGGAGAGUAUCCGUGACAACUUUGUGACGGUGUAUGAGCUGAUGGACGAGGUCAUGGACUUUGGCUUCCCUCAGACCACAGACAGCAAGAUCCUGCAAGAGUACAUCACCCAACAGGGUCACAAACUGGAUGUGGGCGCCCCUCGACCCCCCGCCACCGUCACCAACGCUGUGUCCUGGAGGUCGGAGGGCAUCAAGUACAGGAAGAACGAGGUGUUCAUGGACGUCAUCGAGUCCGUCAACCUACUGGUGAGUGCUACCGGCAGUGUCCUGCGUAGUGAGAUCGUUGGCAGCAUCAAGCUCAAGGUGGUCCUGUCUGGGAUGCCUGAACUCAGACUGGGCCUCAACGACAAAGUGCUCUUUGAAAUCACAGGACGAGAGAAAUGUAAGACGGUAGAGCUGGAGGAUGUCAAGUUCCAUCAAUGUGUCCGUCUGUCCCGCUUCGAGAACGACCGCACCAUCUCCUUCAUCCCCCCCGACGGAGAGUCCGAGCUCAUGUCCUACCGCCUCAACACCACGGUGAAGCCUCUGAUAUGGAUUGAGAGUGUGAUUGAGAAGUUCUCCCACAGCCGAGUGGAGAUCAAGGUUAAGGCCAGGAGUCAGUUUAAGAGUCGCUCCACUGCCAACAAUGUGGCCAUCAUGGUACCUGUGCCCAGCGAUGCCGACUCGCCCAAAUUCAAGACGAGCACAGGCAGCUGCAAGUAUCUUCCUGAGAAGAGCGUGGUGCAGUGGAACAUCAAAUCCUUCCCUGGGGGGAAAGAGUACAUGAUGAGGGCUCACUUUGGUCUGCCUAGUGUGGAGAGUACUGAGUUGGAGGGGAGAAGGCCCAUCACUGUCAACUUUGAGAUCCCCUAUUUCACUGUAUCUGGUAUCCAGGUACGCUAUCUGAAGAUCAUUGAGAAAAGUGGCUAUGAGGCCUUACCAUGGGUACGCUAUAUAACGCAGAGUGGAGAUUAUCAACUCCGGACAAACUAAGGGCGAGCCUGCUGCUAGACGAAUAGAUCGUCACUCUCUCCCUCUCUCUGGGAGUGAGGGACAACAGAGGACAAGGAAAGGGGAACAACUUUCACCACUGUCAAUUCUCAAAGGACCAAGUAGUCAUCUUGCAGACAUGAGGACCUUCAAGACUCAAUUUCCCUUCAGAACUCGACUGUUGUCACCUUUGACCUUUGCUGUGUUACAUCAUCUGGAGAAACAUGUUUUAUCUCUUUAGAAUAAUGAACCUAGUGGUUUUCUUAUUGGUCACAUUGUAAACAUUUGUAUAGUUGUAUUUUCUUCUUAAAGCUGGAAGAAUUCAGGACAUUUAUGAUCUCUGAAGUGUGAAUGUUGAAACCUGUGUACAGCACUGAUAUAAAAUGAUAUCUGGUUGGUGUGGAUGCUAGCAGUUCAUGUUAUCUUGGGGCCAGCUGUAAGCAUAUAAUCCCCACUGUGUCCAAUGAGAUGAACACUAAGAUAAUGAAUAGGCCUGCAUAAUAUCAGCAGCUGUGUAUUACCAUAUUGUCGUCACAGUUCCUAGACAUGUGCUUGUACUCAGCUGACAACUACGAGGAAAAGACUGAAGGAAUUCUCUGUGUGCAAAUUACAAUUAUGUAGUGUUUCUAACAGUCUUGUGAUACAGACACAUUUAUCGCCUUGAGAAAAAGCCAUGAUCAAAAUAAGUAAACCAAUAAUACAGGUGGUCCGAAAUGAAGAGAAUGUUGUUUAGAUAGGAAACAAAGUGGACAUAUCUAUGUCAAUGUGUCCCCACCAAACAUACACCCAACUUUUCCAAAGCAGCUAUUGGUUGGUAUGGUUACAGUAGUCUGUUGUGCGUGCAAUGCACCACCCCUCAAUAUCAGUUCUGGUUCUCUCUCUGCCAGGGGAAUAGCUCUGGUUCUCUCUCUGCCAGGGGAAUAGCUCUGGUUCUCUCUCUGCCAGGGGAAUAGCUCUGGUUCUCUCUCUGC